AUGCAGAAUAACAGUAUAGAGAUGAGAAAGGAAUCAAAGGAUAUCACAGUUCAGCACCAGAAUACUGAUCGAUUGUCAAGCCCAAGUUGCACUAAGCUAGAACUUAUUGAUGCACGAGAAACAUCAACAGAUGUAGUAGAAGAACUCAUAGUGGGGAGGGAACAAGAAAAAGGGAAAAUAAUAACUUCUUUACUUGAGAGCUCAUCAAAAAAGAUUUUCAUCCUUCCCAUACAUGGUAUUGGAGGCAUUGGCAAGACAACUUUUGCAAGAUUGAUUCAUAAUGAUCCAAAGUUCAAAUGUUACUCUAAAGCAUGGGUCCAUGUGUCACAAAGAUUUGACUUGAAUAAAAUUCAUGAGCCCAUUAUUUCACAACUAUCUGAAAAAGAGAAUCAGGUUAAUGAAAGACAUGUGGUACAUAGUUCCCUCACAAAGCUACUUCCUGGUAAGAAGAUUAUAAUUGUUUUAGAUGACCUUUGGGAGGAUAAUCAGUUCCUGUUGAUGGACUUGAAGGAUAUGCUAUAUCAUGAUGAUAGCAAUAUAAUUAUUUUAGUAACAACACGAAGUGAGAGUGUUGCAGAGAGAAUAUGUACAAACCUUCAACCAUACAAGAUAUUACCCUUGACGAACAAUAUGUGCUGGGAUAUAAUUAAACAAACAAGUGGUUUUGAAGCUAGAGAUGACAAAGAAAAGUUGAGAGGUAUAGGACAGGAGAUUGCUCAGAAGUGUGCUGGUGUGGCUUUAGCAGCUCAAUCUCUAGGAUUCACUUUGCGGGGCAUGAAUUUUGACCAAUAA